AUGGCCCGAUCAUUUAUCAGUACUGAGAUUGAUUGGCAAGGGUUGUCACAACAAAUUGCAAGCGUUCCUAAGAUUCUUAAGAGAAUUAAUUGCGACAGUUCAGUCACCAAGGAUAUUGAAAAUGAUCAGUUGGAUCAAUUUUUUGAGGAUAUUAGAAGGAUUUCCAACUUAUUUAUUCUGCUCCAAGAUUCAGUACUAAGACAUUGUAAAGCAGUGACUAGUUUUAUGCAACAUAGCUUAAAGCUGUACCAGAUUUUUAAAGAAAUAUUGGAAUCAAAUGUAGAUUUCAGAAAAGCCCAGGAUAGGCUUUCAGAAAUUCUUAUAAUUAGACUUGAUGGGGUCAUACAUGAGGCUAGCACAGAGAUUGAAUCUUUUCAAUUACAGUUUAAAGAUACUAUGUCUAAGAUUCUAAAGCUGUUGAAACUGGUGAACAAAAAUCUCAAGCGACGUGAAUACUUGAUUUUGGAUAUAACUUGUUUUAAGCAGGACCUUGCCAAACUAAACAAAAAAAAAUUGCUGACUACCUCUGAACAUGAGAAGAAGUUUGUAUUAGAUCAGGAUUUACAGAAUUCUUUAUCAAUGUUGACGGGGAUGAAUGAGCUUCUAAAUGCUGAAAUUCCUUCAUUCAAAAAGGGACUUCAUGUAAUCGCGUCAGACUUAACAGUGAUAAUUAUUUUCUUCCACAUGAGACUUCAUUUCCAUCUGUAUAACUUGACAAAAGAUGUGAUAGAGAUUAAAGAAGUGAAAGAACUCUUUGCAUCAAGAAUUAUAGCAGUAUUCAGGGACCAUCAUCAGCCUGUAAAAGAGGUGGUAAACUCUCUGAUGUUACUUACAAAUAUAAAUCGUAUAAACCAAUUCAGUUAA